UGUCGAUGCUAUCCAAAUCAUAAGGGAAAGCUUCCAUGGCAUGAACGGAAGCGAAACGAAGCGCUCAUAAGGGAAAGCUUCCAUGCUGUCCCUUCUGUUGUCCUCGGUUCGAGUCCUUGCACGAAGAAAUUGGGGUUCUUCUUCUCGCUCGACGGGGUUGGAUAGACUAGGGAUUCUUGAGAGGGUUGGACCGCGGACGUUGCGGUGAUGUGGGGCGAAGGAGGGCGAUUCUACUGGGGGAGGGCGGAGGGAGAAGAGCAGAGGGAAGUGAAGGGCAUCGUGGUGCUGUUCGCGUGGAUAUCCAGCCAGGAGAGCCAUCUGAAGCCUUUCAUCGAUCUCUACUGGUCUCUCGGGUGGAGUCCCCUCGUCUGCCAUGUCGACUUUCUCACGCUAUUUUUCACUGACAAGGCCACUUCACUAGCUCAUGGUAUACUUGAUGAGCUCUUGAAGGUUAUAAAGAUCAGGCAGUUACCAAUUGUGCUCAUGAGCUUCUCUUUGGGAUCAAAAGGUUGCCUCUAUAAGGUUCUUCAGAUUCUUGAUGGAAAGUGGGAAAAAGGACUCAAACUGGAUGAAUAUCAGCUCAUAAGAGAGUGUAUCUGUGGACAAAUUUAUGAUUCUAGUCCUGUGGACUUCACUGCUGAAUUGGCUACUCGAUUUCUCCAUCACACUUCUCAGAGAUUGUUUAGCCCAACAAGAAUAACGUCAUGGAUGACAAAAGUCCUGACAUCUAGUCUGGAUGCUGUUUUUCUAAGUAGAUUUGAAGCACAGCGUGCUGAAUAUUGGCAGAGUUUGUACUCAUCAGUUAGUAUGGGCCCUUUUCUUAUAUUUUGUUCGGAGGAUGAUGACCUUGCCUCUUACCAAAUAAUCUUCAAUUUUUCCCAACAUCUGAACGAGCUUGGUGGUGAUGUUAGACUUGUAAAAUGGAGCAAUUCCCCACAUGUAGGGCAUUAUAGUCAUCACCAAACUGACUACCACUCUAAUCUCGUUGAGUUUCUUGGGAAGGCAGCUACUGUUUUUUCUCAGAGAAGAGUAUUUAAUGGAGGAACAGAAAACCUCAGAAGUUCCUGUGACAGUAUGUUAGAGUCCUCCUGCAGCCUUCACGACGCACUAAGCUCAAGCGAGAGCUUAAGAAGGGUGGCCAUUGGACCCAAUGAUCAUUUCUUCUCACCCAGUUCAAGCGGCAAACUUGAAGUAAAAGAUGGAAGCUCUUUCCAUGAUGAGCAGAAGCCUAAUUUGUUUACUUCACCCAGCAUCAAUCCCCAUGGAUAUCUAAGCCAGGUCCUAUUUGAUGUGUGUGUUCCCAAGAAUGUCGAGGGCUGGGACAUAAAGCCAAUUACCUCAAAUGGGAAGCAGUCCUCCGUAUCUGCCCGCCGUCGCGGUCCUUUAAAUCCUAUAAGAUGCAUCAGACGCUCAAGAUUGUAGACCGUUACACGCGAACUGUAAAUAUAAUUUGAUGGAGCUGAAUACAACUAUCAGCUUGGCAAGGUCUUUGGCAGAGAAUCCGGAAUCUGAUCAGGCUGCAGGUAUAUUGUGUCUUGCUAAUCCCAUUCUCCUGUUCUUUCUUUCUUGUUUUUGCCCCUUCUUUGGAGAGUGUAUGUAAAAGAAACUUUCUUAUGUAGGUGAUCGUGUAAAGGUUUCUUUAAUAGUAGUCACAUAGAUAAAGCAAUA